AUGGAGGUUGAAAUAAUUUUCAAAAGCUUCGUUACACCCUCUUCACCAAUGCCAACUCACCUUAAAACCUACAAAAUCUCUCUACUUGAUCAAUUCCAACCAUCUCUCCAUCUCACCCUCUUCACCGACACCAACCCACCUCAAAACCAAUUUGAACCGUCUGGCUAUUUUUCCACCAUUCUUUUCUAUCAAAAUUCUCAAGAAACUAGUGUCUCAGUGUUGUUAAAGCAAUCCUUAUCUGAAACUUUAUCUCGAUUUUACCCACUUGCUGGUAAAGUUAAAGACAGACUUUCCAUUGAUUGUAAUGACGAAGGUGUAUGUUAUAUAGAAGCUACAUCUAACAUUCCAUUAUCUCAAUAUCUCGCUCAACCUGAUCUAGCAUCACUCAAAAAAUUGAUGCCAAAUGCAACUCGUGAAUGUGAACUUCCUUCUGGAUCUCAUGUUGCUUUAAUCCAAGAAACCACCUUCGCAUGCGGCGGCUUUACCAUUGCUGUACAUGUUUCUCACGUGGUGUGCGAUGGAGCUAGUUUGUUUUUGUUUUUAAAAGAUUGGGCCGCUGCUGCGUGUAAAUCAACUGUUAAACACCCUUAUUUGGAUGGAGAAUCCAUUUUUCCGCAAUACGCUGCAUUUCCAGCAGAGGCAAGUAAUCUAAAUACAUUUGUCUCUUUUGCUAAAGAAGGCAAGCAUAUUACAAAGAGGAUUGUGUUUAAGGAAUCUGCCAUUGCCAAUCUUAAAGCAAAAGCAAGUUCGAACAAUAUUAAUUAUCCUACUCGCAUUGAGGUGGUCACUGCAAUUCUCAGCAAAUGUCUUAUGGCUUCUUUCAAAAAUAAAACAGGCAUCGAUAAACCACUUGCAAUAACCCAUGUUGUGAAUUUGAGACAAAAAGGGGAGCCGCCAUUACCAGAAAAUUUACUGGGGAACUAUAUAAGUGUUGUUGGUGCAGCAUUCGCUGCGGAGGAAGAGUUCAGUGAAUUAGUGAGUCGAAUAAGAGAAGCAAUAAGAAAUGUGGGUACUGAUUUUCUGAAGAAAAUACAAAAUGGAGGUGAAGUUGGAUUCUUCAAGUAUUAUGAAGCAAUGAAGGAGGUUAGGAAUUCACUUACUAACCCCGUAUUUGAGAGUGGAGAAAUGGAGUUGGCUCCGUUUAGCAGUUGGUGUAACUUUGGUAUAUAUGAUAUUGAUUUUGGUUGGGGAAAGCCGAUAUGGGCAGCCUGUGCUGUGCCAUUUGUUCAUAAUUCAGAUAUACUAAUUAUUUUAAUGGAUACAAGAACAUAUAAAGGAGUAGAAGCGUGGGUGUAUAUGAAAGAAGAUGACCUUGAUUUCUUGACGAAAGACACAGAGCUUCUUCAAUAUGCUUCCAUUGAUCCAUCUCCAGUUUCUUAUUAAUUCUCAUCCAUAUUCAGAAUAAUGUGUUUUUAAA